AUGGCCUGCAGGAUUCGAGGAAUUCGCUCCAUCAGCGCUGUCUUCAUCCUCUUCUCCUUCCUCCACUUGGCCUGCGAGCUUUCUGAGGCGGCGGACACUCUGAUCCAGGGCGAGUCCCUCAGGGACGGAGAGACCCUGAUAUCCUCGAACCAGGUCUUCGAGCUCGGAUUCUUCACCCCCGCCGGCGGUAACUCCUCAGCGCGCUACGUCGGGAUAUGGUACUACGGCCUCCCUUCCCUGACCGUGGUGUGGGUGGGGAACAGGAACCACCCCAUCUCCGGCAACUCCAGCCGGCUGACCUUCGCCGACGACGGCAACCUGGUCAUUGCCUCCGGCGCCGGGGACCCGAUCCGGAUCACCAACUCCAGCGCCGCCACGGGUAAUUCCACCCUCCAGCUGGCCCACUCCGGCAACCUCUUCCUCAACACCAGCGUGGGGGACACCGUCCUCUGGCAGUGGUUCGACCACCCCACCGACACCUUCCUCCCGGGGAUGAAGCUCACCGCGGACCUGAACAAUCGGAGGAGCCUCCUCCUCCGGUCGUGGAAGACUGCCGGCGAUCCGGCGGAGGGGGAGUACUCUCUCGGGCUCGACCCGGAGGGCUCCGGGCAGGUGUUCAUCUGGAGAGGAGAGACGCCUCACUGGCGCUCGGGGCAGUGGAACGGGAGGAUCUUCAUCGGAGUGAACGUGAGGCCGCUCAGCCUCUACGGCUUCAAUCUGAUCCCUAACGACGAAGGGACUAUGGUGCUGACCUUCACCGAGUACAACAGCUCCCUUUUCCGCUUCGUGCUCAAGCCGGAGGGGAGGCUGAACGUCUCCCACCUGGUGAACGGCACGAAGUAUUGGACCCCGGCCUUCUCGCUGCCUUCCAGCGAGUGCGAGUUCUACAACAAAUGCGGGAACAACGCGCAGUGCGUCCUCUCCACCGACGCCAGCGGCGGCGCCGCCUGCGAGUGCCUACGGGGCUUCCGCCCGCUGGCAGAGGCGGAGUGGGCGGCGGGGAAUUGGACCGGCGGGUGCGUGAGGAGGACGCCGCUGAGGUGCGGGUUGAACGCCACCGAACAGGAGGCGGCGGCGGAAGACGGCUUCACGGCUGUCAACGGGUUGAACCUGCCGGACUUCUCCACGUGGGAGAGGAGCUCCACCGAAGCCAGCAGCUGCGCCGACAUCUGCCUGAGCAACUGCUCCUGCACGGCGUACGCCUUCGUGAAUCAACUUGGCUGCCUCGUCUGGUCAACUCCUCUCGCCGACAUCCACCAAUUCACCAGCACCCAAUACGUCCUCUAUCUCAAGCUCGCCGGAUCAGAACUUCGUGAGUCCAUCUUUUCACCCAUUCCCCUCUUCCUUGUUUUCUUUCGCUGUUCUUGCGCUCUCCCUGUCUCGGCAUCGAUCGGAUCGAUUUCUUUAAUAUUUCUGGUCAUCGUCCAGCGAAGAUCCGUGCUUAUCGUCGACCUAUUCAUAGCAUUAAAAUGGCCGGCAUAUCAUCUCGCCGAUGGGGUUUGCUUAACCUUUCCGUGAUCGCAUCCGGCCGAGAACGUGCUCCUCGCAGAAGACCCGACCCACCCACCUCCGAAAUCAUCACAUUUAUUCGAUAUUAUCAUCAAAUAAUCUACUUUCGAAAUAUUUACCGAUUAAUUUUCAUUUUAGCCGAAUAGUAUAUUUUUAAGAGGUGCGUGCUGCUUUCAUGUGACCCCCCGCGUGUCCACGUCCUGGCCCCAGAGUACCAACCCACCGAUCACACGUCCCCUGCGAACCACACAGAUCAAUUACCUCAUUCGUUUUCCUCGAUAUGGAUCCGAACCCGAUUGAUUCCCACGUGGGGUGCCGUAAAGAGCUAUCUUGGCGGAUGA